AUUAUGGCAUUGGUGGGUGAGUGGUAGCUUUCCCACCUCCUGUGCGGGAGACCUGGGUUCCAUUCCCGGCCAAUGUACCUCAGGUGGGGCCACCACCCACCUGUCAGCGGAAGCUUGUGUGUUGCUGUGAUGCUGAACAGAUUCCAGUGGAGCUUCCAGACUAAAAUGGACUGGGAAGAAAGGCCUGGUGAUCUGCUUCCAAAAAUCAGCCGUGAAAACCCUAUGGAUUACAAACAGUCUGGUCUACAGCCCAUCAUGGGGAUGGUAUAGGAUCGGUUAGCAUUUUGUUUCAUUGUUCAUAGGAUCACCAUGAGUAGGGGGCUACCUGGACAGCAGCCGGCAACAGCAAAACUAUUGCUGAAAAUCAUGGUUCAUUUGGAAUUUCUUUUCAGGUGGCCGUCCACGUCCAUUGUCACUCUUACCUCAAAUCGCGUAAUGAACUAAAAACACAGUUAGGGCCUAAGAAAGCAGUGUCUGGAAAAACGGGAAACCCAAAGUAGUAAAAAGAACAUUUGGGAUUUUUAAAGUGUCUUUUUUAAUUGGAUGUCAUACUAAAGAUAAAAAUGUUAGAAAGUCCACCUCAAUCUAGUUAAAGUAGUAAGAAGUUUUUUUUUUUUUUCUGGGAAACAGCUUAGAGAAAGGACAUUCGGUUUUAGCUCUUUGUUUCACGACAUGAUGGAUGGAAUUGCAAGGACAUGUGAUAUUGAUAAAAUAUUUCAGUAAGAAACUGACCUGUGAGGAUCAUUGGUCUCAUGGUGGAGAAAAACACCUUAGCCAACGUUUGUGUGUCAGGUCAUGUCAUGUCAAAGCCUAAGUCUGUGCUUACUGCUGCCCCUGUUGUCCCUGUCCUCUGCUGAGACCAGGUAGGUAGGUAUGGAAGGCGAGGUGCCCAGGCCAUUCAAAUCCCCGUAUGAUGAUUCCAAAGCUGCCUUUCUUUCUUAUUUUUGGAGAUUUCUCGUGCCCCACCCCAGGAGAGAAGGACUUGUCUUUUCCAGAACAAUGCAGUAAAUGGCACCCAAAUGACUUACGUGGGGUGACACGCCCCUUGACUGAAGUAUUGUAUUGGGGAACUUGUCUAUGACUGAAGCGUGCAGCUUUGUAUUUGUUUCUUUAAAGCCAAGCAGAUUCUUAGCUAAUUUUCAGGACAGUGACUAUAAUUUUGAAAUGCCAUUCUAAAUCUUGGAACACAUUUUCCUUUCCUCUUUUGAGACCGUAUUACUCACUUCCGUUUUUCAGUUACUUUUAUCUUGGGGCUAAACCAAAUCAAUCUACUAUGAAGACACUUGGCUUAAAGAAGUGUCUGGUAAGCUUAUUAAAAUUUUAUGCCACAACAGUUUGCACUGGAUUGAGACCAAAGCAAAAUAGAAAAGUAGGUUUCUUUUCACUCCAAGAGAGGCUGCCUUUGUGGCUCUAAAGCAGGCAGCCCCGUUCGUAGCCAAAGUUGCAGUUCUCAUGUGAGUUAGUUAACUUAGUACCAAAACAUUUUUAGCUACUUUUUUUUUUAAAUAAUUAAUUUUGUUGUUGAAAAUAUACAGAGCGGAACGUACACCAAUGCAACAUUUUCUUGCCAUAAAACGUGGUUCGUGUAGAAGUUCUACGUGUACGAUUCAGUGACAUUGAUCACAUUCUUCAAGUCGUGGGACCAUUCUCAUCCUUCUUUUCCGAAUUGUUCCUCCCACAUUAACAGAAGUUUACUGCCCUCUGAGCUUCCUGACUAAUCUUUCUGCUGUGGUCAAUUUGAUCCCGAGUCCUAGUCUGAAUCAACUGGACGGCAGUGGACCUGGUUUUUGUUAAGAUAGUUCUUUAAAAGAGCAUAAUGCUCAAGGCAGACAUUCUUUAGUAACUAAGCGAGUAUUGUUUGAUUUAAGGAAGACUUCGGGGGAUAUUUUUGGUUGAGGUUUAAAGAUCAUCUCAGGGCAAUAGUUGGGGGGUGGGGAGGUUUCAUCUGGUCACCAUGGCUCCAGCAAGCCUGUUAGCUACUUCUUUCACAGUAGAGAAUCACAGAAAUUUAUAUCUGGACUCAGACUCACUUGUAGCCCGACAGACUGAACACCUAAGCCUUGGUAACUGUCUUGUAAUCUUGCAUGAUAUACACAAAAUUCACAAAUAAUACUAGGAGAGAGAAUGGUUCCGUCCAAGUGCAUCACCAAAAUAUCUGCAGGCAUAAAUCAAACGUACCCCACCCCCCGCUAACGUAACGUCUGAGUGAACCCAAGCACCAGUAACAACCAAACCCAUUGCCAUCCAGUCGAUUCCGACGCAUGGCGACCCUGUGUGUGCAGAGUAGAACUGCUCCACAGGGUUUUCUUGGCUGUAAUCUUUAUGCCUUUCUUUUGCAGCACCGCUGGGUGGGUUCGAACCGCCAACCUUUGGGUUAGUGUUGUUGUUAUUGUUGUCAGGUGCCAUGGAGUCAAUUUUGACUCCCAGCGACCCUAUAUAGACAGAGUAGAACUGCCCUAUAUAGGGUUUCCUAGGCUGUCAUCUUUAUGAGAGCAGAUUGCCGGUCUAUCUCCUGUGGAGCUGCUGGGUGGGUUCGAACUUCAGACCUUUCAGUCAGCAGCCAAGCACUUUAACCAUUAGAGCGCAAACUGUCUGUGUCACCCAGGGACCUCUGCAAGCAUCUGUACUGUGCUGCUUGGUCGUCGGACGCAGUGCUUCUCAAAUUUUAAUGUGCAUUUUGAUUGCUUGGGGAUCUUGUUAAAAUGCAGAUUCUGACUCAAGAGGACUGAGUGGGACCUGAGAACCUGCAUCUUUAUCGCCACCCAGGUGAUGCUAAUUCUGUUGGAGAAGGACCACACUUUCAGUAGUAAAGAGGAGUUGUUUCCAUGGUCAUUUUGAAAAUGACAGAAACCGAGGCUGGAGAAUACCUGCUUUUUAUUCAGAGUGAAGCGAGCAAUUACACAAUAUUGUUUACAGUGAGCAUAAGAAAUACACCAAUUUAUACAUUAAGAAGACCUUACUUCAGGAAAAUGGAAAAUCAAGAUGCGCUACUCUGCAUAUCUGAGAGCAUUCCAGAACCGGUGGUGGAAUGGGUGUUUUGCAAUUCACAGAGUGAAAGCUGUAAAGAAGAAAGUCCAGCUGUUGUUAAAAAGGAGGAGAAGGUUCUUCAUGAAUUAUUUGGGACAGACAUAAGAUGCUGUGCGAAAAAUGAAUUGGGCAGGGAGUGUACCAAGCUGUUCACAAUAGAUCUAAAUAACACCCCUCAGACAACACUGCCGCAACUAUUUCUCAAAGUGGGGGAGCCGUUGUGGAUAAGAUGCAAAGCUGUUUAUAUAAACCACAGAUUCGAGCUGAAAUGGGAAUUAGGAAACAAAACACUAACAGAGGACAGCUACUUUGAGAUGAGUACCUAUUCAACAAACAGAACUAUGAUACGGAUUCUGUUUGCUUUUGUAUCAUCAGUGGGAAGAAACGACACUGGACCCUACACUUGUUCCUCUUCAGAGCAUCCCAGUAAAUCAACUUUGGUUACCAUCGUAGACAAGGGAUUUAUAAAUGGUUCCAAUUCAACUGAAGAUUAUGAAAUUGACCAGUAUGAAGAGUUCUGUUUUUCUGUUCGGUUUAAAGCAUACCCACAGAUCAAAUGUACAUGGACCUUUUCUCGGAAAUCCUUUCCCUGUGAACAAAGUAGCCUUGAGGAUGGAUACAGCAUAUCUAAGUUUUGCAACCAUAGACACCAGCCAGGAGAAUAUAUAUUCCAUGCAGAAAAUGAUGAUGCCCAGUUCACAAAAAUGUUUACACUGAAUAUAAAGAGGAAGCCUCAAGUGCUGGCUGAGGCAUCAACAAGUCAGGCCUCUUGUUCUUCUGACGGAUACCCAUUACCAUCUUGGACCUGGAAGAAGUGCUCGGAGAAGUCUCCCAACUGCACAGAAGAAAUCACAGAAGGAAUUUGGAAUAAAAAGGCUCACAGAAAAGUAUUUGGACGAUGGGUAUCAAGUAGUACCCUCAACAUCAGUGAGGCAGUCAAAGGUUUCCUGGUCAAGUGUUGUGCAUACAAUUCCAUGGGCUCGUCUUGUGAAACAAUCCCUUUAAACUCGCCAGGCCCCUUCUCCUUCAUCCAAGACAACAUCUCAUUCUACACAACAAUUGGACUUUGUCUUCUCUUCAUUGCAGUUUUGACUAUGCUACUUUACCACAAGUACAAAAAGCAAUUUAGGUAUGAAAGCCAGCUGCAAAUGGUACAGGUGACUGGCUCAUUGGACAAUGAGUACUUCUACAUUGAUUUCAGAGAAUUUGAGUAUGAUCUCAAAUGGGAGUUUCCAAGAGAAAAUUUAGAAUUUGGGAAGGUGCUAGGAUCCGGUGCUUUUGGCAAAGUGAUGAAUGCAACAGCUUAUGGAAUUAGUAAAACAGGAGUCUCAAUCCAGGUUGCAGUCAAAAUGCUGAAAGAAAAGGCAGACAGCUCUGAAAAAGAAGCUCUCAUGUCAGAACUUAAGAUGAUGACUCACCUUGGAAGCCAUGAGAAUAUUGUGAACCUUUUGGGGGCAUGUACGCUGUCAGGACCAAUCUACUUGAUCUUUGAAUACUGUUGCUACGGUGAUCUUCUCAACUAUCUAAGAAGUAAAAGAGAAAAAUUUCACAGGACGUGGACAGAGAUUUUUAAGGAACACAAUUUCAGUUUUUACCCCACUUUCCAAUCACAAUCAAAUCCCAGCAUGCCUGGUUCAAGAGAAGUAAAGAUACAACAGGAUUUGGAUCAGAUCUCAGGGUUCAAUGGGAAUUCAUUUCAUUCCGAAGAUGAAAUUGAAUAUGAAAACCAAAAAAGGCUGGAAGAAGAAGAGGACUUGAAUGUACUUACAUUUGAGGACCUCCUUUGCUUUGCAUAUCAAGUUGCCAAAGGGAUGGAAUUUCUGGAGUUUAAAUCGUGUGUUCACAGAGACCUGGCAGCCAGGAACGUGCUGGUGACCCAUGGAAAAGUGGUGAAGAUAUGUGAUUUUGGAUUGGCUCGGGACAUAAUGAGUGACUCCAACUAUGUUGUCAGGGGCAAUGCCCGUCUGCCUGUAAAAUGGAUGGCUCCCGAGAGCUUGUUUGAAGGGAUCUACACAAUAAAGAGUGAUGUCUGGUCUUACGGCAUAUUACUCUGGGAAAUAUUCUCACUUGGUGUGAACCCUUACCCUGGUAUUCCAGUCGAUGCAAACUUCUAUAAACUCAUUCAGAGUGGAUUUAAAAUGGAUCAGCCAUUUUAUGCUACAGAAGAAAUAUACUUUAUAAUGCAAUCCUGCUGGGCUUUUGACUCAAGGAAGCGGCCGUCGUUCCCUAACCUGACUUCGUUUCUAGGAUGUCAGCUGGCAGACGCAGAAGAAGCGGGUUUUCUAGGCUGUGAUCUUCACAAGAGGAGAUCUCCAGGUCUUUCGAGAAGCCACUGGAUGUAUCAGAACAUGGAUGGCCAUACCUUGGAACAUCCUUCCCUCUACCAACACAGGCGACCUUGCAGCCAAGAAAUGAAUUCAGGAGCACCCCUUCCACAGGCUCAGGCUGAAGAUUCAUAGAGAAAAACAAAUUAGUCUUAAGGACUUCAUGCCCUGCCUACCUUAAACAGGCUGUAGAUUACCAAAACGAGGUUAAGUUCAUCACUAAGAGAAAAUAUAUUAUCACCUGCUGCUUUGCUGGACUUUUCUCUAGGAGCUGUCUGUAUUUACUCUUGUUUUCAAAGGGACUUUUGUAAAACCAAAUCAUCCUUGGCAUAAGGCAGGAAGAGCUGAUCAUCAACUUCCUUGGAGCACCUCCCCCCAAAGGUCUUCUCGGGCUGGCUAGGUGAAUAUAGCGUACCGGAAGUCAAGUGUAUUCUUGUAAAUACAUAAAACAAAAGCAUUUUGCUAAGAAGCUAAUAUGAUUUUCUAAAUCUAUGUUUUAAAACAAUAUGUAACUUUUUCAGCUAUUUAGUGAUAUAUUUUAUGGAUGGAAAUAAAAUUUCUUCUAUAGAAAUGUUUGUUAGUGAAUUAUUUCCAUGGGAUAUUUAGGGCAAUAUGUAACUGGAGUUCAUGAACCCACUGAAAUGGUGUGUAAUGUUUUGUUUGUGCAUGUGUGUAUGUGUUUCUGUUGAGAAGGUCCAUUCUUUCAUCAGAUUCCUUAAAGUCUCUGGGACUGCCAGGCUAGGUUAAGAACAGCUGAUUUCAAGUGUCUGUGUGCUUCUCUGGAGUAUUCCUCCAAGAAAGUUUGCUCUUUGUCCUUUGUAGCUAGUUAUUGUUGGUGCUUUCGUCAAUUUCAGCUCAUAGCUACCCCAUGUGACAGAGGGUUUCCCAGACUGUAAUCUUUCCAGGAGCAGAUCACCAGGUCUUUUCUCUUGUGGAGCUGCUGGUGGGUUCGAACCACCGACCUUUCCAUUAGUAGCUGAGCACUUAACAGGUGCACCAUCAGGGCUCCUUCCUUUGAAGCUUAAAACUAAAAAACCCAAACCUGCUGCUGUAGUCUUUAUGGAAACAGACUGCCACAUCUCUUUCCUGUGGAGUGGCUGGUAGGUUCAAACCACUGACCUUUUGGUUAGCAGCUGAGUGCUUAACCACUGCACCACCAGGGAUACUCCUUUGAAGCUUCUCCUUAGGUGCCUUCGAGUCGGUUCUGACUCAUAGCGACCCUAUGUACAACAGAGCAAAUCGCUGCCCUGUCCUUUGCCAUCCUCACAAUCACUGUUAUGCUUGAGUCCAUCAUUACAGCCACUGUGUCAAUCCAUCUCAUGGAGGGUCUUCUUCUUUGCUGGCCCUCUAAUUUACCAAGCUAUGAUGUCCUUCUCCAGGGACUGGUUCCUCCUGAUAACAUGUCCAGAAUACAUGAGAUGAAGUCUCAUCCUCACUUCCAAGGAGCUUUCUGGCUGUACUUCUUCCGAGACAAAUUUGUUCGUUCUUCUGGCAGUCCAUGGUAUAUUCAAUAUUCUCCACCAACACCGUAAUUCAAAGGAGUCAAUUCUUCUUCAGUCUUCCUUAUUCAUUGUCCAGAUUCCACAUGCAUAUGAGGUCACUGAAAAUACGAUGGCUUGGGUCAGGUGCACCUUAGCCCUCAAAGUGACCUCUUUGCUUUUUAACACUUUAAAGAGGUCUUUUUGCAGCAGUUUUGCCCAAUGUAGUAUGUUGUUUGAAGCUUAGCUCCCUCCAAAAGAUCAUUCUUCACAUCCCACAGACUUAUAAGGCUUGGAAUUGUCAUUGUCCCCUGCAUGCCAGUUGUCAUCAAAGAUUGCCUUUUUCUGUCUGGGGUUUUAAACGCUAGCAAGUGGCCAUCUAAGAUGCAUCAGUUGGUCUCAACCCACCUGGAAUAAGGAAGAAUGAAGAACACCAAAGACACAAGAUAAUUAUGAGCCUAAGUGACAGAAAGGACCACGUAAACCAGAGACUACAUCAGCCUGAGACCAGAAGAAGUAGAUGGUGCCUGGCCACAACCAAUGACUGCCCUGACAGGGAACACAAUAGAGAACCCCUGAGGGACCAGGAGAGCAGUGGGAUGCAGACCCCAAAUUCUCAUAAGAACACCAGACUUAAUGGUCAAGCUGGGACUAAAAGCACCACAGAGGUCAUAGUCCCCAGACCUUCUGUUAGUCCAAGACAGGAACCAUUCCAGGGGCCAACUCUUCAGACAGGGAUUGGACUGGAAUAUGGGAUGGAAAAUGAUACUGGUGAAGAACGGGCUUCUUGGAUCAAGUGGACACAUGAGACUGUGUUGGUGUCUCCUGUCUGGAGGGUAAAUGAGAGGGCAGAGGGGCCAGAAGCUGCCUGAAUGGACACAAGGAGGGAGAGUGGAGGAAAGGAGUAUGCUGUCUCAUUAGGGGGAAAGCAACUAGGACUGUAUACCAAGGUGUGUAUAAAUUUUUGUAUGAGAGUCUGACUUGUAAACUUUCACUUAAAGCACAAUAAAAAUAAAUAAAUCUGUUGCUGCAGAGAAAAAAAAAGAUUGCCUUUUUCCUUCUUUUUGUGUGUGUGUGCGCGCGCGCACGCGCAUGAGCGCGAGCACACACACUUUGGCUGAAAGUUUACAGCUCAAGUUAGUUUCUCAUUCAAAAAUUUAUACACAUAUUAUUUUGUGACAUUGGUUGCAAUCCCCAUAAUGCUAUAGCACUCUCCUCCUUUCUACCCCGGUUCCCUGUGUCCAUUUGUCCCUUCCUGCCUUCUCAUCUUGCUUUUGGGCAGGAGAUGCCUGUUUGGUCUUGAAUAUUUGAUUGAACUAAGAAGCACAUUCCUCGUGUGUAUUAUUGUUUGUUUUAUAGGCCUGUCUAAUCUUUGUCUGAAAAGUGGGCUUCAGGAGUGGUUUCAGUUCUGAGUUAGCAGAGUUUUUAGGGGCCACAGCCUUGGGGGUUCCUCUAGUCACUGUCAGACCAGUAAGUCUGAUCUCUUUUCAUGAAUUUGAACUUUGUUCUACAGUUUUCUCCAGUCUGUUCAGAACUCUUUGUUGUGAUCCCUGUCAGAGCAGCCAGUGGUGGUAGCUGAGCACCAUCUAGUUCUUCUGGGCUCAGGCUAGUGGAGGCUGUGGUUCAUGUGGUCCAUUAGUCCUUUGGAUGAAUAUUUCCUUCUGUCUUUGGUUUUCUUCAUUAUCCUUUGAUCUGGACAGGAUGGGACCAAUAGAUGUAUCUUAGAUGGCCACUUGGAAGCUUAUAAGACCCCAGACACUACUCACCAAAGUAAGAUGUAGAACAUUUUCUUCAUGAACUAUGUUAUGCCAUUUGACCUAGAUGUCCCCUGAUACCGUGGUCUGCAGCCUUUGGCUCUAGUAGCUCAGUCCCUCAAGGUGUUUGGGUGUGUCUAGGAAACUUCUAAGACUUUGCCUUGGUCAAGUUGUGCUGACUUCCCCUAUAUUGUGUGUUAUCUUUCCCUUCACCAAAGUAAACAUUUGUCUACUAUCUAGUUAGUAAUUUUCCCCCACUCCUUCUCUCCCUUGUACCCAUCAAAGUUUUUUUUUUUCCCUUAAGUAUUGAUGGACAUGUAUCACUCUUCAGCUAGAAAGCUUUCAGGGGCUCCCCAGUGCCUAUUACAUAAAGCCAAAUUCUCCUGCUAGCAUUUAAUGACAACCACGGCCUGUCCACCACAUUUCUCAGUACUAGACUGUGUAAAACUGUUUCUCUAGCCGAAAACACCUACUCGUGUUCAGUGGUUAUGUCCUAAGCAUCCCCACCUCCAGCGUCCCUUUCCUUUACUCUCUAUCUGGGAUGCCAACCCCCUUCCUCUCUACCUAUUUCAGUCCUGGUUUCAUGAGCCCCUCAGUGGUGCAAAUGGUAAACGCACCCAGCUGCUAACUGAAAGGUUGGAGGUUCAAGUCCCCUCAGAGUUACCUCAGAAAAAAAGCCUGGCAAUCUACUUCAGAAAAAUCAGCCCUUGGCAACCUUAUGUUCUGAUAUACGUGAGGUCACCAUGGGUCAGAGUCAACUCGACAGCAACUGGUUGGUGGUUUCAUGACCAGACUUAAGCUCUAUCUUCUCCAUCACGUCUUUCCCAGCUCCCCUGGCCUUUGGUGAUGGCUUCUUCCAUGGAAAUCUUUUAAGGGCUUCUUGUCUAUAUCAUCCAGUUGGCUGUUAACACAGUCUUCUUACUUGACGUUGUUGCUUACUGUCUUAAAUAAAUGGCCUACUUUUUUUUAUUGGAUUUUUAGAAAUUUGAAAGCAGAUAUGAUUUUUGCUAAGAUGUGUGCCUGACUCUUAAUUGUGUAUACAGUCAAGAUACAAUAAAUAAACAUGUUCAAUUAUUUUUUGCCUACUCAAGUAAAAGCAUAAAAUAUACCUGAUGUUAAAAACUCCAAUAGUUUUCAUUUUUAUUUAUGUAAUAGGUGAAUUCUCCCUUCUUACAUCCGAACUAAAACACUCCUUCAGAAGAACUGCUGCUAAAGAUUGAGGUAUAUUUUUCCCAGCUUUAAAAAAUAUGUAUGUUUAUAUUACUCAUAUUUGUACACACACAUUUGUUUUUUACAGAGAUGGGAUUAUGCUAGCCAUAUUGCCAACUUGCUGCUUGUUCUUCAUGAUGUGUCAAUAUUUUCCCAAGUAUAUGUAUAUAUGAAGCAUGUGUUAUAUGCUAGGCAUUGUGCUAAGAAUGACAUUUACUUUAUCUCAUUUAAUCUUAAUAAAUAUCUUAUGAGGUGUGUCAUGUAUUGAAUUGUGUCACCCAAAAAUAUCUGUCAACUUAGCUAGGCCAUGAUUCCAGUGUUAUGUGAUUGUCUACCAUUUUGUCAUCCGAUAUGAUUUUCCUGUGUGUUGUAAAUCCUGUCUCUACGAUGUUGAUGAGAAGAGAUUAGCAGCAGUUAUGUUAAUGAGGCAGGACUCAAUCUACAAGAUUAGGUUGUAUCUUCAGUCAAUCUCUUUUGACAUAUGCAAGAGAGAAGCAAGCAGAGAGACAGGGGGACCUCAUACCACCAAGAAAGAAGCACUGGGAGCAUAGCACAUCUUUUAGACCCAGAAUCCCUGCACUGAGAAGCUGAUAGAGCAGAGGAAGAUUGAUGACAAGGACCUUUCCCCAGAGCUGACAGAGAGAGAAAGCCUUCCCCUGGAGCUGGCACCCUGAACUUGGACUCCUAGCCCCUCAGACUGUAAGAGACUAAGACAAGUUUUUCAGGUCUUUGCUGCAGAGGGAUGGCAUGAUGAGUCUGUCUACAGUGCCAUGUCUUGGCUGUAAUCUUUACGGAAGUGGAUCUCCAGGGCUUUCUUCCAUAAUGCUGCUGGGGAAAUGAAAUUAAACUCUAUUAAACCCAACUCUUAGAAGAGAAACUAGAUAACUAGGAACCACUAAAAAUUGAACACUUAUGCUCAUCCAAAGACUUCACCAAAAAGACUACCAACAGACUGGGAAAAAGUUUUUGGCUAUGACAAAUCUGAUCAGCAUCUGAUUUCUAAAAUCUACAUGAUACUGCAAAAACUCAACAACAAAAAGACAAUUAACCCAAUUAAAAAAUAAGCAAAGGACAUGAACAGACAGUUCACCAAAGGAGACAUCCAGAUGGCUAACAGAUACAUGAGGAAAUGCUCACAAUCAUUAGUUAUCAGGAAAAUGCAAAUUAAAACUACAAUGAAAUAUCAUCUCACUCCAACAAGGCUGGCAUUAAUCCAAAAACACAAAAUAAUAAAUGUUGGAAAGGUAGUGGAGAGACUGGAACACUUAUACACUACUGGUGGGAAUGUAAAAUGGUACAAUCACUUUGGAAAUCGAUUUGGUGCUUCUUUAAAAAUUUAGAAGUAGAACUACCAUAUGGUCCAGAAAUACCACUCCUUUGAAUAUAUCCUAGAGAAAUAAGAGCCCUCACACGAAAAGGUAUAUGCACACCCAUGUUCAUUGCAGCACUGUUUACAAUAAUAAAAAGAUGGAAGCAACCAAGGUGCCCAACGAUGGAUGAAUGGAUAAAUAAAUUAUGGUAUAUUCACAUAAUGGAAUACUGCACAAUGAUUAAGAACAAACAAUGAAUCCAUGAAACAUAACGUGGAGGAAUCUGGAAGGCAUGCUGAGUGAAAUUAGUCACCUGCAAAAGGACAAAUAUUGUAUGAGACCACUAUUAUAAGAACUCAAGAAAAAGUUUAAACACAGAAGAAAAUAUUCUUUGAUGGUUAUGAAGGUGGGGAGGGAAGGAGAGGGGUAUUUGGUUAUUAGAUAGUAGACAAGAAAUGUAUUAGAUGAAGGGAAAGACCAUACACAAUACAGGGAGGUCAGCACAACUGGACUAAACCAAAAGCUAAGAAGUUUCCUAAAUACAGCCAAAUACUUCCAAGGCCAGAGUAGCAGGGACAGGGAUCUGGGGAUCAUGAUUUCAGGGGACAUCUAGGUCGAUUGGCAUAGAAAAUAUGUUAAGAAAACGUUCUGCAUCCCACUUUGGUGAGUGGCAUCUGGGGUCUUAAACACUAGCAAGCUGCCAUCUAAGAUAAAUCAACUGGUGUCAACCCACCUGGAGCAAAGGAGAAUAAAGAACACCAAAGACCCAAGGUAAAUAUGAGCCCAAGAGACAGAAAGGGCACAUAAACCAGAGACUCCAUGAGCCCGAGACCAGAAACACUAAAUGGUGCCCAGCUACCACUGAUGGCUGCCCUGACAGGGAACGCAACAGAGAAUUCCUGAUGGAGCAGGAGAACAGUGGGAUACAGACCUCAAAUUCUCGUAAAAAGAUGAGACUUAAUGGUCUGACUGAGACUGGAAGGACCCCAGAGGUCAUGGCUCCCAGAUCCUCUGUCAGGCCAAGACUGGAACCAUUCCCAAAGCCAAGUCUUCAGACAGGGAUUGGAACGGACUAUCAGACGGGAAAUGAUACUUGUAAGGAAUGAGCUUCUUGGCUCAAGUAGACACAUGCGACUAUGUGGGCAGCUACUGUCCAAAGGUGAGAUGAGAAGGCAGAGCUGGUUGAACAGACACGGGAAGUGCAGGGUAGAGAGAAGGAGUGUGCUGCCACAUUGUAGGGAGAGCAACUAAGGUCACAUAACUAUUUGUGUAUAAGUUUUUGUAUGAUAAACUGACUUGAAUUUUAAACUUUCACUUAAAUCUCAAUAAAAAAUAAUAAUAAUAAUAAAAAACCCAACUCUUACCACAGAUUUGGCUACAGUUUCGGUCAAGUUGUAUCCCUAACAUAACUACGCAUUGUUAACAUUGCAUCAGAACAUAGUUUCCAAGCACCAUUUCUGGAAACCAGUUGCUGUUUCUGCUGGCAAGGCCCCUUCAGCCAGUCUUUUAUAUUGAUGGUACCAGUAGGGGCAGCCUGAGGACUGUGGCUUUUAAUUAAUUCCCGGGACCAGAACUGAUUCCAUCAUUAUACUUCCGCCUCUGGAAAGGCAUAUUUUAAGAAGCUGAAUUAAAGAAAAGGUCAAUCAGUUUAUUAGAAACAAAAAGUAAUCUCCUGACGGGAUUGCCGUGCUGAGGGCUGUGGGGACCAUGGUCUCAGGAAACAUCUAGCUUAAUCGGCAUAACAGAGUUUGUAAAGAAAAUGUUCUACAUUCUACUUUGGUGAGUAGCAUCUGGGGUCUUAAAAGCCUGUGAGUGGCCAUCUAGGACACUGCACUGGUCUCACCCCUUUGGGAGCAAGGGAGAAUGAAGAAAACUAAAGACACAAGGGAAAGAUUAGUCUAAAGCGCUAAUGGACCACAUCUACCGCGGCCUCCACCAGACUGAGUCCAGUACAAUGACAUGGUGCCCGGCUACCACCACUGACUGCUCUGACAGGGAUCACACUAGAGGGUCCCGGACAGAGUUGGAGAAAAAUGUAGAACUAAAUUCUAACUCAAGAAGAAAGACCAGACUUGCUGGCCUGACAGAGACUGGAGAAACCCUAAGGGUAUGGACCCUGGAUACCCUUUCAGCUCAGUAAUGAGGUCACUCCUGAGGUUCACCCUUCAGCCAAAGAUUGAACAGGCCCAUGGAACAAAACCAGACUAAGGGCACACCAGGCCUGGGGCGGGGACUGGAAGGCAGGAGGAGACAGGAAGGCUGGUAAUAGGGAACCCAGGGUUGAGAAGGGAGAGUGUUGAUGUGUUGUGGGGUUGUUAACCAAUGUCAUAAAACAAUGUGUGUACUAACUGUUUGAUAAAAAACUAGUUUGUUCUGCAAACCUUCAUCUAAAGCUCAAUUAAAAAAAAAAAAAAAACC